AUGGUCGACUGCUGUGCUCUCGUGCCUAUCAUACACGCCGACAGUUUCUCCAAACCGCGCAUUCGCAUUCAAAUAUCUAGCUCCCAUUCAUGCAUCGAUUACCGCCUGUUCGGUCGAUACGAAGACAUUUUUACACCCUCGCGUGUUCCGAACACUGCUUCAUCCCCCGUACAGAUCACCAACAUCACCAAUCCGCAGCACGGCUCGUUGCAACCGAUGCAAGCCGAAUCAGAUGGCCGGAGUGGGAGAGCACAUAAACCCGUCUCGGCGGGACGCCGCGGGGUCGAAUGCCGUGUGCGCGGCGGUGCUGCGUCGGGAUGGUUCAUAUGGCGAGUGUCCGUUCAACAAGUGGCCUGGCUUGCCAUCUUUUCUCUUAUUUUCCUCACUGCACUUCUAAUUUAUAGCAUACUUUGCCUGCUCUCUAGUCAUCUUGUAUCGCGUUCCCUAUCCCUAUCUUGA